UGGGGCGAGGUGCUUUACCAGUUUGUAGCUCGCUCCUAUCGAAACAAAAAGAAAAAAUAUCAACUUGAAAAUUCUAAAAUGGUCGUAGCAAUGCAGAAAUCUAUCCAGUGCGCUGUGGUUGGUGAUGGUUUUGUUGGGAAAUCAAGUUUGGUUCAGAAAUUCGUCAAUGGUAAAUUCGACAAGACUUAUAUAGCCACAUUAAAGGAUGAUUACAGUGCGAAAGUAUCCACAAACGGGGACGUAUUCAGACUGAAUGUGUCUGAUAUCGCCGGAGAGCAUGAAGACCUGUCCUCCAUUGCAACCUCUGAUAUCUUCAUUGUGUGCUUCAGUCUAGUAGACGAUGAUUCCAUGGAUAGCGUGCUAAACUUCUGGAUUCCUAAGAUCCGGGCAAUCGCUAAACAUUCACCCAUCAUCCUAGCGGGGACACAGUCCGACCUGAGACAAGGGGGUCAAUCCGGCCACAUCGCCACUGCUGAGGGUCGGGCCCUGGCCAAGUCUAUCGGGGCAGAAACCUACGUAGAGUGUUCCGCCAAAUCUGGCUCGGGGGUCCAGGAAACCUUCCAGAGCGCCGCCAUGGCAAGCAUUCGAUACAGCAAACGGAAGGUCAACAUCUUGAAACGAGUUCUUGGACGUUGAUGUGUUGGCCCGAGGAACUGUUCACUAAGCGGUCCCUGCACCGCUGUUAUAAACCUCUAACGAAUGGUCAAAGAGACUCCGAAUUGGCCAGUUUGACUGUGUUGGCUAUUGUAGUGGACAUUUAUCACUACGACAACGGAAUCUCGGCAUCGUUCUCACUCUAUCCUUCCGGGCUACAGCUGCUCCAAUGCAGACCGCCCCAAGAAGCGCACAGACUCCUGAUACGUGAAGCAACGGCAUAGAGGGAAAAUAUUGACAGAGAGUAAUUGUUAUUGAAACUCUAACAAAUUGAACUGCCUAUCUAUUUUCGACCAGAUGGUUUACCAUACAACCAUUUGAAUGAGUGUUUUAGUACUAAUAAUUGUAUUCAUAUUUCAAUAAAACUGUAAUUGUA